CCGCCCAGCAACCGACCUGGCAGCGGCGGCGGCGCGGCCACAGAACUGAGGAGGCGGAGCCGAGACGGGGUCGGUACUGCGCUCGCACUCCUAGACCAGGUUUUAAGUUUUUGAAAUUGAAGUAGGUCUACACAUUAGGAACUCAUGUCUUUUCUUCGGUGGGUCUCGGAAAAGUUCAUUGUUGAGGGCUUAAGAGAUUUGGAACUAUUUGGAGAUUUCAGUCCACAGAGAAAAUACAGAUCUCUGGAUAAUAGUACGGAACCUCAAAUCUCCUACCUUAUAAACAAAACCAAAAUUUAAAAGUACAACAGAAGCGUGUGUGGUGGUAUAGAGCACACCUGCAGCCCUCCAGGAUUUGGAGUUCAAGGAUGGGUGAAACAAAUGAGGCGAGCUCAGAGUCGAUAGCAUCCUUCUCUAAACACGAGAUCAUGAGCAGCUUUCUGCCCGAGGGCGGGUGUUACGAGCUGCUCACCAUUAUAGGUAAAGGAUUUGAAGACCUGAUGACGGUGAAUCUAGCAAGGUACAAACCAACAGGAGAGUAUGUGACAGUACGAAGAAUUAAUCUAGAAGCCUGUUCCAAUGAGAUGGUGACGUUCUUGCAGGGGGAGCUUCAUGUCUCUAAACUCUUCAGCCAUCCCAACAUAGUACCCUACCGAGCCACCUUUAUUGCAGACAAUGAGCUGUGGGUUAUCACAUCAUUCAUGGCAUAUGGUUCUGCAAAGGAUCUCAUCAGCACACACUUCAUGGAUGGCAUGAAUGAACUGGCAAUUGCUUAUAUCCUGCAAGGAGUGCUAAAGGCCUUGGACUAUAUCCACCACAUGGGCUAUGUGCACCGGAGUGUCAAAGCCAGCCACAUUCUGAUCUCCACCGACGGGAAGGUCUACCUGUCUGGUUUGCGCAGCAACCUCAGCAUGAUCAGCCACGGGCAGCGGCAGCGUGUGGUCCAUGACUUUCCUAAGUACAGUAUCAAGGUUCUGCCUUGGCUGAGCCCUGAAGUCCUCCAGCAGAAUCUUCAGGGUUAUGAUGCCAAGUCUGACAUCUACAGCGUGGGAAUUACGGCCUGUGAAUUGGCCAACGGCCAUGUCCCCUUUAAGGAUAUGCCUGCCACCCAGAUGCUGCUGGAGAAACUGAAUGGCACAGUGCCCUGCCUGUUGGACACCAGCACCAUCCCUGCUGAGGAGCUGACCAUGAGUCCCUCUCGUUCCAUAGCCAACCCUGGCCCGAGCGAGAGCCUGGCCACUGGUACCCUCAGGCCUUCUAACGGCGACUCACCGUCCCAUCCCUACCACCGAACCUUCUCCCCCCACUUCCACCACUUUGUGGAGCAGUGCCUUCAGCGCAACCCUGACGCAAGGCCAAGUGCCAGCACCCUCCUGAAUCACUCCUUCUUCAAGCAGAUCAAACGACGUGCCUCAGAGGCUUUGCCUGAACUGCUUCGUCCUGUCACUCCCAUCACCAAUUUUGAGGGCAGCCUGUCUCAGGAUCACAGUGGAAUCUUUGGCCUGGUGACAAACUUGGAAGAACUGGAAGUGGAUGACUGGGAGUUCUGAGACUCUGUGGACUAUGUUCUAUAUCCUAGGGCCCACUGGGGACCCUUCCUCAAAGCCAGCAACCCUUUUGGGAUGCAGACUGAGUAGAUGAGACACUCUGCCAACAAAACUAGCUGCUGGCUACUUAGAAGGGCAUUUUGGGGAGAGACUUUCUGGCUCUGUGGCUUUUGAGACACAAGAGAUCUGGAGGAACCGGAAAGCCGAUAUGUUCUGCUCUGGGAGCUUGGGGACUUCCUCAAAAUGAAGAGAUGCUUCUCACACUCGGGGGCAGAAGUCCAAGCCCAGAGUUUAAGCCGUUGACCAAGGGAAUUGUCACCUUUUCUCACUGCUUGCUCUCUGCCAGCCUAAUUCCAUCAUUUCUCUCAUAUCCUGUAGGGCUAAGAAGGGUCAUGUCCUAAGCAACUUUACCCUCCUUGCCCUAAGGCAUCUUAUCUCCCAGAUCAUUGAAGGGCAGAGUAUUUCUGUCUUUUUAAGUAUCAGGUCAAUUAAGGCUGGGGCCAGCAUCCUUAGCCCCUCCCCCACCCUCCACUUCUGGGCCCUGGCAUCUGAAACCACUUCUUAGCCCGUCUGUAUAGUACAUUCCUUUUCCAAGAAUCCAUAUUACGCCUCCUGCCAGCUGCUGCCUUGGUACCUCCUCCAAUGACCAUAAAAGUUUUGCCUCAUCUGAGGGCUUAAGGAAGUCCAUAGGCUGUCUUAGUUCCCUUGUCAGGACAAAUUAAAGUUUUCAGAGGAAA